UUUAGAGCGUUUCUCUGAGCGCCGUUCGCAUGGCGUUGGGUUGUGUAACCUGAAAAUGCUCUUGUUUUUCUCAUCUGUACAGUGGGUAUGAUUUUUUUUUUCAUCAGCCAGUUUCAGGUUUUGAUUCCCACCAUGGCUAUUACACAGUUUCGGUUAUUCAAAGUUUGUACCUGCCUAGCAACAGUAUUCUCAUUCCUAAAGAGAUUAAUAUGCAGAUCUGGUAGAGGACGGAAAUUAAGUGGAGACCAAAUAACUUUACCAACUACAGUUGAUUAUUCAUCAGUUCCUAAACAGGCAGAUGUUGAAGAGUGGACGUCCUGGGAUGAAGAUGCACCCACAAGUGUAAAGAUUGAAGGAGGGAAUGGGAAUGUGACGACACAACAAAAUGCUUUGGAACAACUGGAACCUGACUAUUUUAAGGACAUGACACCAACUAUAAGGAAAACUCAGAAAAUAAUUAUUAAGAAGAGAGAACCAUUAAAUUUUGGCAUCCCAGAUGGUAGCACAGGUUUCUCUAGUAGAUUAGCAGCUACACAAGAUAUGCCUUUUCUUCAUCAAUCUCCUGAAUUAGGUGACUUAGAUACCUGGCAGGAAAAUACCAAUGCAUGGGAAGAAGAAGAAGAUGCGGCCUGGCAAGCAGAAGAAGUUUUGAGGCAGCAGAAGAUAGCAGACCGAGAAAAGAGAGCGGCGGAACAACAAAGGAAGAAAAUGGAAAAGGAGGCACAGCGGCUGAUGAAGAAGGAACAAAACAAAAUUGGUGUGAAGCUUUCAUAGCAAAUGCUCUUCACAUGUCAUAGUGCCAGGAGGAGAAAUGGGAGUUCCACAACUCAAGCAACAUUUCGAGGGAUUUCAGAGUAUUUUCAAGAAUACAAACACAUUGCUUGGUUUUAUUGCAUUCAUCUGGCCAUCUAGGACACCAGGAUUCUCUCAAAGUACCUUGAGCUCUUAGUGAUUGAGACUCAAAAGAAGAAAAAGACCUAUGAGGCAAUAUUUUUUUCAACAUGCUCCAAGUGUAAGACAAUUGUUUGCUGUAGAGAAAUUAUUACAAAUGGAAUAUACCAGUACCUCUUCUAGCUAGUGUUUCUAGCUGAAUAAAUGGGUGUAAAUAAUUUUAUGGUGGGAAAGAACUCUGCUCUCUAUGCUUUCCUUCAUUGUGCAUAAUGAUAAAAUAAAUAAUUUUAAAUAUU